GAACAGGCCGACUCGGAGGCGCUGGACAUCAGCACCAAAGUGCAGCUCUACGGUGUGCUGUGGAAGCGGCCCUUCGGGAGGCCGUCGGCCAAGUGGUCCCGGCGGCAGAGGGUUUUUAAAACAAGCUGUUUCCUGAUCUGCUGCUCCAUAAGACAAGCUCAAGAAUCUGUUUUUCAUCAUCAAAGAGAGCUUUCUUCUUUACUACUCUGAGAGCGAGAAAAAGAGCUUUGAGACCAAUAAAUACUUCAAUAUACAUCCGAAGGGUGUCAUUCCUCUGGGGGGCUGCCUGGUGGAGGCCAAGGAAGAGCCCAGCAUGCCCUACGCCAUGAAAAUCUCCCACCAGGAUUUCCACGGAAACAUCUUGUUGGCUGCCGAGUCCGAGUUUGAGCAGACCCAGUGGCUGGAGAUGCUGCAGGAGUCUGGGAAGGUGACCUGGAAGAAUGCCCAGCUGGGAGAAGCCAUGAUCAAAAGCCUGGAGGCCCAGGGGCUGCAGUUGGCCAAGGAGAAGCAGGAGUACUUAGACAAACUGAUGGAGGAGACGGAAGAACUCUGCCUUCAGAGGGAGCAGAGAGAGGAGCUCGAGCGCCUGAACCAGGUGCUGGAAGCUGAGAAGCAGCAGUUCGAGGAGGUGGUUCAGGAGCUGAAGAUGGAACAGGAGCAGAUCAAGAGGGAGCUAGAACUGACGGCAAGAUGCCUCAAGGGUGUGGAGCAAGAGAAAAAGGAGCUGAGGCACCUCACGGAAUCCUUACAGCAGACACUGGAGGAACUCUCCAUAGAGAAGAAGAAAACCCUGGAAAUGCUGGAGGAGAAUGAGAACCAGCUGCAGGCGCUGGCCAAUCAGAGUGAGAAGCCCCCUCCCAGCGGGGGUCUCCAUAGCAACCUGAGGCAGAUCGAGGAGAAGAUGCAGCAGCUCUUGGAGGAGAAGCUCCUGGCGGAGAAGCGGAUGAAGGAGAACGAGGAGCGCUCGCGGGCUCUGGAGGAGGAGCGGGAGUUCUACUCGACCCAGUCCCAGGCGCUGCAGAACUCGCUGCAGGAGCUGACAGCCGAGAAGCAGCAGGCCGAGCGCGAGCUCAAGGCAGAGGUGAAGGUCCGCAUGGACCUGGAGAGGCGUCUGCGGGAGGCAGAGGGGGCCUUGCGGAGCCUGGAACAAGGGCUCAACUCCAAGGUGCGGAACAAGGAGAAGGAGGAGAGGAUGCGGGCUGACGUGAGCCAUCUGAAGAGGUUCUUUGAAGAGUGCAUCCGCAACGCGGAGCUGGAGGCCAAGAUGCCGGUCAUCAUGAAGAACUCGGUGUACAUACACAAGGCGGCCACUCGCCGCAUCAAAAGCUGCCGUUUCCACCGACGCCGGUCCAGCACGUCCUGGAAUGACGUGAAGCCGUCCCAGUCCUUCAUGACCUCCCAGCUGGAAGCCAACAACAUGGAGGAGCUGAAGGAGGUGGCCAAGCGGCUCAGCCGGGACCAGCGCUUCCGGGAGUCCAUCUACCACAUCAUGGCGACCCAGCCCCAGCCCGGAGCCCCCUCUGCGCUUCCCCGGGGCGGAAAGUGAUGGGCGCGCCUCCCCUGCCCCCCCCAAGUCAGUUCCUCAUUCCUGGCUGGGGGCGGGAAGGGACGGCAGGGGGAGGCCCAGCUCUACCUGGCUCCUCUGCCCGAGCUCCACCUAGGGGAGGCCAGCCUCACCUCAAAGGACAGGGGGCCACCUCCCUCACGCUCACCCCAGACCCUACCUUUGGGUUGAGGCCAAGCUCAUGCAGGCCCAGGCUGGGUGCUGCCUGGUUGUCAUGGUAAAGGGAGAAGGGGUCUGGUGGUAGGGAGAGAUUUUCUGGCUGGGGAGUCAGGUGGGCAGGGCCCACCACCCCCUGUCUCGCCCACUGUCCCUCUCUGUGACUCUGCCACCGUCCUCACCUUGACACUUGCUUCCCUGGGGCGUCCUAACCCUCCCUUUGCUUCUGAGACCCAUAAGCAUUCCUCAGUCAAGGCCCCUCAUGUCGACACACUGUGGGGUAGGAAGAGCAGACCUGGCAUAACAGCUUCUGGGCUGGUGGCACACCACACUUGCCACACACGCCUUUGCUGAGUUGGGCCCUGGCUGAGGGAUCACCCACUCACUCCCCUCUCCUCCUCAGGUGAGCUUGCCCACCUGCAGUCUUGGCACCCUCCAAGGAAGACAUGACUGCCCCCCCCACCACAAUCGCCCUGUAUACGAACUGAGGGCCUGGGUCAGAGCUUCAGCUGGUGGCGAUGCUGAGGGUCUCUCCCAGAGGACAGGUAGCAGGUCAGCAAGUGGAAGAAAGUGGCCUGGCCCCAGCAUUAUCACCUCCUGGUUGAGCAGGGAGGUGGCCUCCCUCCCAGCUACAGCAGCCCUGCUGGUCCGUGGAAUUCCAGAUGUCUGCUCAGCUGCCCAGCUGUGAUCACCGUGCUGCCUCCUCUCCCUGCAGAAGAUUUUCCCCGGGGAAAUAAUGUGACCAUGAACCCUGGAUGAUGUGCCUGUGAUAAGGCCGGUAGCCAGUAGUUGGCCCAGAGUUAUCAGGGGUGAGGCCAAAACAUCUCUCUGCAGCUUAUGUAAAAGACUCAGCUCUCCAGGGGGCUGAGGACUGUGUGUCCCUCACCCACGGACAGGCUGUCUGCCCUGCUCUUCUCCCUCCAGGCCUUCCCUCCGAAACUGCCUGAGUCUGUUGUUCUCUCCAGCAAAGGGGUGUCCCGGGGGUCAGGGUGCUCGGGACCCUGCUGGUAUUACAGGUGCUGAUCCUCUGCUGCUGGGCAAACAGAGCCCAGUCUGCGAGGUGGACAGAUGGCCACGGGGCAGGGGCCUGCAGCCUUGUGCUGGGGGAAAAGGACUGUCGUUGACUCAAAUCGAGUGUGUGGCUACUGCUAGGCCAGCCAAGGCCAGCGGGCUGCUCUGCUCUUGGCUCAGGGCUACCCGCUGAAACGAACUUCAGUGGUCCGUUUUCAGUGGUGGGUGAACUUGGAUGGCUUCGGCCAGUCUUUUCCAAGCCUCAGGGGGGAACAGGGGUGGAGGUGCUUCAGAAUCAAUGCAUCUGAAAGGCAUAAGUCUAAAUGUAAAAGCUUUAAAUUAUGUAGAAAUCUGCAUACACCUGGGACUCAUUUAUCUAACCUGUAUGUAAGAUGGACUUUCAAAUGAGACAGGUUUAUAAACCAGGAUCACUAUUUCAAUUUUUUUGUUUUUAAAGAAAAUUAAUACUGGUUUGCUCUUGGAGAGAGAUCUUUUGGAAAUUUGCAAAUGCAUUUUUCCCCUGAGCAAGCGAUUAACUAGAGAGGAAAGUGCUUCGUCACGCACAUUCACCAAUGUCUAAUUCCUUUCCUCGUCUUUCCCCCUGUACUUUCCAUGCCUCAGGCAAGUCUGGGUUACCUUCAACCAACUGAUCAAUUCAUAAGUAUUUGUUUGUUAAAAACUUACUCUGUACCUAACGCUGUAAAUAGAAAAAGAGCAACAUCUCUGUGAAAAUAUGUUGGGGUGAAAAUUGCUAACUGGAAAUAUAUUGAUCUGAUUUUUUACAAAAACGAAACCCUAUCCCAUGGCCAAUUAAAAGUGUUUCCUGCCCUAGCACUUGCACCGUGGUCAUUGCUACAGAGAUGUUGCCCCCUGCAGGCUGAAUGUGGAAUUAUGGGAUUGCCCCCUGCGCUCGCUUGUAGGGGAGGAAGUACUCCCCACUGCUACACCUCCAGGGAGUGGCUGC